GCCUGGACUCGUUACUCGCACACCUCUAAUUCUUGCCAAGAUGGCGAGUUUGAGCGAUAGGAAAAUCGCCGAAGGCUUGGAACAUCUUCGUCUUGCCGAUAAAUGUAUGAAAACCUCACUAUUCAAAUGGAAGGCCGACCAAGAAGGUGCUGCUGCAGAGUACGUGAAAGCUGCCACAGCUUUCAGAAAUGCCAAAGCAUUAGAUCAAGCCAAGGAAGCCUACAUCAAGGCUGCAGAUCUCCAAAAAGCAAUGAACUCACCAUUUCAUGCUGCGAAAGCUUUUGAACAGGCUGGCUUGUUGUGUAAAGAGAACAAAGAGUUUGAUGAAGCUGUUCAUUGGAUGGAGUUAGCAGCUUUGAUGUUUCAGGAGCAUGGAACACCAGAUACAGCUGCCCUCUGCCUCGACAAAGCUGCGAAGAUGGUCGAACUAGAAAAACCUGAGAAAGCAAUUCAUUUGUACACCAAAGCUGCUGAUGUUGCUGAGAUUGAAAGCAGACCAAGACAGAGUGCUGAGUACAUCGGCAAAGCUGGACGACUUCAGGUCAAGUGUUUCAAAUAUGAAGAGGCCAUCAAAUCUUUGCAACAAGAGAUCAAGUACUGGUUGGAAGCUGAAAAUUACACGUACAUUAAAAAAGUUGCAAUGGGUAUCAUUCUUCUCUAUUUGACCCAGGAAGACUAUGUUGCUGCUGAUCAGUUCUUUAGAAGCUCUUUAAGUUAUCCCGAAUUCGGUGCUAGCGAAGAAGCAGGAGCCCUUGAAGACUUACUGAGAGCAUAUGAUGAUGGGGAUGAAGAGGAAGGGCAAGCAACUUUGGCCAAGCCAAUUUUCAAGUACUUAGACAACAUGUUUGCCCGUCUAGCAAGAGACUUAAAGUUCCCUGGGGGCAUCACAACGUCACGAUCAAAUGCUACCACAAGUAGCUACAGUCAGCCAGGAGAUGAGGAUGAUAAGGAGGAUAUUGACAAAGUCGACGAUGAUGAUGAAGAGGAAGAGGAGGGCUUACCUUCUGAUCUUUGCUGAUUUUUUUGUUGUUGUUUUUUUUUUUUUGGUGUAACUUUACAACGUUCUUUCAGUCUUUUUAAUAAUAGAAUUUUUGCAAGGAAUUGGAAGUCAAAUUUUAAGGGGCUGCAGUGUGUGGACUAGGUCAGAGAUGAGCUCAGUCUACUUUAGCAAUUAUUUCUUUGAUUGUUCUUGAAAUACAAGAAGGUUCAUUUCGGUGAAAGAAGCCUAAAAUAAGCCUCGCAAAUAUGUGCAUUAAUGUUGUCAUACCAAGAGUACACUUGCAAAUGCCAUAAUAAUGCUGGUUUGUUCAAGGCUUCUUAGCUUUUACAUUCUUAAGUUUUGUGUUGUUUGCAUCAGUCCUGAUAGAUAUCGCUCAUGAAGAAAUACUGCACUGAACAACCACUCUGUGUUGACCUUAAGGUACCAUAAUGUUUCAUUUUUAUAAUGGGAAAUCAGAAAGCUUCUCUUCAAGCUCAUUUGCUGUCUAAUGCCUUAAUAAAGUUGUUUAAGAAUAGGCCAAAAGGCUAGAACCCAGAUGGCCGCUGGAUGGGAAAAGCAAAAGUAAAGUAAGGUGAAAGAAUUGUGGUUAGGUAAAAAGUGGCUAGGAUUUCAUCUCAAUUUGGAAGUUCUCUUGUUGUUUUGCGAGCCAGUACUGUGUUACUGAUAGAUCAGUCGAGGGUUCCGAUUUUUUAUUCUUUUUCUGUGAUAGUUACGAUAGGCAUUUCUCAUGUCUGACCUGAACAAGAAUACAGGAUGCAGACCUGGGCACACAAAAAUUCCACUUUAAAUAAACUUUGGUCCUGACUGUUACAGCUAAUUCACACAAUAGCUGUAGUCUGCAGAGCAAUUUGAACAUUUGCAAAUAUACCAUAGUAUUAAAUAGUAAUGUUGGUUUGUUCAGGGCUGCUUUUGCUUUUACAUUAAUAAGUUCUGGUAUGUAUAUAUAUGUGUGUGUGUGUGUGUAUGUAUGUAUGUGUGUGUGUGUGCGUAUGUAUGUGUGUGUAUUUGAAAUGGGGAUGGACGUACCAGAUGCCUGUGUUUAAUGAAUAUCUGGGCAUGUGUAUGCUUGUGUGUACAAGUGUGAGUGGAGUGAGAGUGGCUGAGGGGAUGUAAAUGCUCUAGACUGGAUUAUGCUAUCAUAUUAUUUAAACUGUGAUAUGAGUGAAAUGAAAAUGUAUGAUGAGGGCCUCGUUUUGUAGGUUGGUUGUAAUAAAACUUUUUUGUGUGACUUUGCUUUUAAAUUUUGAUCCCAAUUCUACAUGUAUGUAUUUACUAUUUAGAUUCACAGGUUGUUUUUUUUAAAACUAUAGCCUAGUAUCACCAUUUUGCCAUGUUCCAAACUUCCUAUUGUUUUAUUUAUUAAUUGUCAUCUUUGUCAGAAAAAAGAAGUCAGCUCUCAGGUUUUUCCUUAUUGAUUGAAGACACUAACUAACAUUUGCCAAUCUUGAUGCCAAAAAGUCUGCAAUAUAUCUUAGAUCCAAGCUCAAUGCUUAGCCAUGAAAGGCUCUUUAUGUUCUGUUAUAUGUGCACUCCUGCUUUCCAUUCCAUGGGUGUUUUCAUUCUUGAGGUUGAAUACAUAAACAUGAAUUUGUUAUCAGAAAUGUGCCUGUCCUUUAUGUUUUGUUAUAAGUUUUUCUGUAGUCUUUUUUCUAAUCCAGAAGUCUUAAAAGGCUAUUACUAGAUUUUGGUAAGUUAUGAGUAGAUUAGCAAAAGAACUUUUGGGAAAAUAUACAGUAUGAAGUAAGUGUACUGGAAAAUGGACCUUGGUGGCCAUUGCUGAUUUAAGACUUGUCAAACACGGGUAACUCGAAUUCGUUGGGGAUUGGAAAUAGUGUUCAAGAUUUCCGUAAUUCGUCAGGUCCAUGAAAGCCCCAAAUACAAAGAAAUAGAAAGAAAAUCAAUGGAGGUGAAAAAGAACAUUAAAACAAUUAACGUUGUUAGUUCCCUUGAUGAACGUGUUUUGACUGUGCGAAAGCCAGAAGAUGAAUGAAAGUGGAAAGCAGAAAAUCUCACGUGUGCACAGUCGACUUCUAAGUCAUUCCUUUCCUCUCAUUUCAUUGGCUUACAGAAAGUUACGCCUCUUGCCAUUUGCACCGCACGCGUCCUACAGCAUGAUUGCACACGUGGUGAACCAGUAAUGCAGUGCUUUCAACAUCACUCCCCAACCCCUUUCCUGUGCCAGGCCGCACACACACGCACGCACACCCCCCCCCCCCCCCCGGCUUGGUGAGACAAGGACCAGGUUUUGACUAUUAUAACUAUUACAAAGUAACGCGUUCCCACGGCCAAUAAGGCUGUAAAGCCGGGUCUUAAGUUGAGAAUGCGAAUUGGUUUUGUUCAAGAUUUGGGUGUCCCGAGUGUUCGGGAACUAUGUGAAGUCAAUACAAAGAAAUUAUAGGGACUGAAACAGGACCGAGCAUUAUGUUCGAGAUACCCGAGAAUUGGUGAUUUUCAUGUUCGAGAUUCGUGGACUCUACUGUAUGUAUUUCAAGAUCGUUGUGAUUUUUCUUUCUAUACCAAUCUCUGGCCAGUUGCCUGUGAGUGUGAUGAAUGCAAUGAUCAAAUUCUUAUUACUUAAUAUUAUUUUACGACAUAGUGACAUUGGUUUCGGAAAAUCUACAUCAGUUUGUGGGCUCUACUCUGUCAGCUGCUCCUCUUCUCUUUUGAUGAAAUUGUUGCGCAAGGAUGAUUGAACUUUUUGAAAAUGUUUCAGAGAAAAUUGUACCUCUUUCUUAUGAACAUUCUAUGUCAAUUUUUCCUCUUUCAUAUAUGAAGAUUUUAAUUUGAUAACUAUUUUAAUCUCACUCACUGGAGGAGUCCUGACUCAGAUUAGACCAUUUCAUGUCAGGUCUUUUACCCCCCCAAAAAAAUCAACUAUAAUGUUACAGUACUGAAACUGAAAUCUACAAUAAAUGUUGAUCUCUACAGAACAGAAAGACUUAAGUAUAAGUCUAUGUCAUUUUGUUCUUGUUUUACAAUUUGCAGAUGUUUAAAAAAUGACAAUUUUGGGUGCCAAAACUUUUUUUUUUUAACUUCCUAUCCAACCAAGCACAAUAUUUCUGCUGUUCUUUGUGAGUGUAUUGCUAUUUCUGUCAUAAAAAUGCUAUACAAAUACACAGAAACAUAUAACAACAAAAAAUUAGCACACUGGUUAGCUUAUUAUUGCCAGAGUAACAGAGUUAGGGAUGUUGAUGAAUAGCUAAUGAUGUCAUAUGAUAUUGUGCAGAUGCACUGUGACUGGUCGCAGGCUGUCUCUAACUGUUACAAUUCUGAUUUUUUAAAAUUUAAUGGGAUGUUUGAAGUAGAUCCAGAAGAAAUUUUAUUCAGACAUUUUUUUAGGUCUAGAUCUAUCACCUUUUGUGGUCAUGGUAGUGAGCUGCCGGCCGUUAUGGCCGAUACGGGUGUGGUAAUGGUGGUGAGUGAGUUCCAGAUUUUUUUUUUACUGCGUACUUUGUAAGUGUCAUUACACCGGUGUUUAGUGUAAUAACAGCCGGCUAAAGUAUUCUUUAUGACUUUAUGUCCAAUGUUCCUAUCGUAGAAACUUGCAUAACCUAAAUGUUGAAUAUUAGUGCAUGCUUCUCAUCUUUUGGUACUCUGUUUCUAGUUACAAAUUGCUGACAUGCUUAAUAAUACCAGUUUCUUACUACUAUUUGUCCUAUUUUGAAACGUAACUUGUGAGAGAGUAAACAAUUUGUUUUAACAUAUUUUCAUGAAAUUUAUCCAUAGUGUUUAUUAUCUCUGUGAGAUCUUGUUUAAGGACACAAGAUGUGGGAUGAAGCAAAUGAUUUUGUCCCUCCAUGAACUUUUAUCUGGGUCCACUUCUUCCCUUUUUAUAAUAUCAUUGUCAAUUCAGAGUCAUGUUUGAAUGUUAACUUUUUCUAGUUUGUCUCUGUGGUAGAUAAAUAAAAGCUCAUAGUUUUCUCAUAGGAUACUCAUUUAACUGUCCUUUGUCAAUACUGAUUGUCUUAAGUAAGUAUACCUUGUGUGUAAUGGUCAUUCUACUGAUCAUUUUCAUUUGUCUUGACUAAAUGUCUUGUCAGCUGUGCUUAUUGUCAAAAGGAGCGCUUUUAGUCCACAACGCUUCUUACCUGUCACUUGAUUAAACAAUUGAAUUGAUAUA